UGUCCUACUCUUUCCCAAAGUUUUCAGACAACGGUCUCAUCCAGUUCCAGUCAGUCAUGGAGAAUGAGCAGUUCCUGUUCCCCACUGCCUUCCCAAAAGGUUUUCGUGGCAAUGAAAGUGUGGCUAUGCUAGCAGCAUUCUGGGACGAUGCAGACCUCACCAUAGGGGCGGGGAAGCUCUUCUACCAGGAGUACCAUCAACGAAACCUCUCAGACAUCUACUCUCAAAUCGUAUUUGACCGCACGGCAGAAGAAGUGACCCUUUUUGAGCAUCGCAGAGGGGGGCCCGUGUUCACCCCGACCUGGAUCCUCAAGAUUACCUGGGACCAUGUGCUGCCAGUGUCCUACCAGAAGAUCAACCUAUCUGAGACCAACACCUUCCAGUGCGUCCUCACUACAGAUGGGGAGCGCUCAUUCGCUCUGCUACAUUUCGAUGAGAUGAACUGGGGUCCCGGACAGAGGCUAUAUCACACGGCGCUCAUGGGUUACACCGAUGGAAACAAAAACUUCUACAAUGAGCUCGCCUUUCCAGCAGAUAACCUCUUUGGUCCGGGCGGGAGGUACCGACCUCAAGAAGUGAAGGGAAACACAGGUCACUUGGGCCAGUGGGUGUAUGACCUGAGUGGGCCGACGAACUCUGACAAGGAGCCACAAACGAAGUGUCAAGUGUGGGCGAUGAAGGAACCGCACCCCUCAGCGUGGGUGGUAGGUGUGCCUCCCUGCCCCUGCAGCCGAACUCAAGCCCUUGAGGACCUGGCCUUUGGCCCUAUGACCCUGCCCCCCCAGCAGGGGGAGAGAGUGAAAGAGCUGAGGGCCCUUAGAUGGGGCGGGGUCAACGGCCAAGUCUUCCAGUCCAUCCUACCCAAUGCCUACGGUUCUGGAAAGAUAUGUGUAUAUGACCCGCAAGGCCCCCUGCUGGCAGGAUACAGCGAGCGCUACUUUACUGCAGCUACUGUGAAAGACCACAUCGACAAAGACCUCCUCCCAUUUCAGUGGUGUUGUGUCCAGUCCCCUCUCUGCCAUUUCUACCUGCUGAAGCGCCCAAUGGACCGCUGCCAAGGUUACGGCUGGACAAGCCCAGAGAACUUAAAUCCCACAGUCAAGGUGGCUCAGGGCAUUGGAAUGAUGUACGGGAGUCUUCACUUCAUUACCUUUGAUGGGACACCGUUCUCCUUCAAGGCCGUUGGCGAGUUCGUCGUGGCCCGCCUUUCCUCCGCCUCAGGCUUCAACAUCUUCACCCUGCAGGCAGAGAUAGAUGUACUGGAGAUCGAUGGGCGGCCCAGCAAGGUCCCUGCCGUGGUGCGCUUGGCCGCGUUCCACCAGGGCAUCGGCAAGGUGUGUGAGCGGAAAUGCAGCCGGUAGCACCUAAGGAAUGCUGGG